AUGACCAAAUAUAGGCUAACAAUCCGCUACGCCCCUGGAGCCGACAGUAAAUAUGCUGCAGGCAUUGAGAAUAUAGCGAGAACCAAAUUCGGUGCAAAGGGUGUGUUGAGGUUUCAACGAUUCGCUUUUAAUUCAGGGUACCCUCCUUUUCAUAUUACACUGUUUGAGGCAUCGGACAGUGUCUCAUUGGAGGAACUGCAGAGUGUGCAAUUGGCAGAGGGUGUUAUAACUCAGGUUCAACGAGUGGACCGUCCUGCAGAGAGAUAG